AUGGCCUUCCAGCACCUGGACCGGUUCAGCACGGAACACCACGAAGUGAUAUGGAUAUCUGUAUCAACAGCUAGCCGGUCCAAGAUUGUUAUCUGUGCACUCUACCGAUCAGGCUCCACAGCCGGAACAGACACUGAGCUGAUUGAAUACCUUGAUACCCACCUAGAUGAGGCCUGCAGCCACGGUGACUAUGUUAUCCUCACAGGGGACUUCAAUGUCCACAAUGCAGCAUGGCUAGGGAGCACCAAGACUACCUCAGCAGGAGAAGCAGUGGAGGAACUCUGCUAUGUUCAUGGCCUGGAGCAACAUGUCAACAUCCCCAAACGUGGAGACAACACCCUGGACCUUGUGAUGUCUGACUUCAGUGAACUGGUUCAGGUGAAAUGCCAUGCCCCACUGGCACUGGGGUCCUCUGACCACGCUGUCCUCACCAUGGACUUCCCUAUCUCUGCGUUCCGUGAACCAAAAACCACACGCACUGUCUGGCGGUACAACCAAGCAGACUGGAACCGCCUCUGUCACUUUUUCCUAGCCUAUGACUGGUCAACUGCCUUCACCACCAGCGCUGAUGAGUCGUGCGCCAACAUCACCGAAGUUAUCUCCAGGCAUGCCAAGGUGGCCCGCCUGGCUACCCUGCGCACUAAGCUCUCCAAAGCUAGCCUGAGUGACCGCUCGUGGUGGUCUACCAUCAAGCAAGCAGGUGGCAGCAGCAGAAACACGUCCAUCCCAACUCUCACGCCGCAGCCUGGUUUGGAAUGCGUAUCAAAUGCCGAAAAAGCUGAGCGUUUUGGGCAGUAUUUCGCCUCAAAGUGCAGCCUGGGCGCCGACGACUUCCCCGCCAACCAACCAGCGACUGAUUUCCCCCACGUUGCUCAGCGCACGGCUGAAAAACUCUCAACGGUUCGGUUCCGCCCUGCCACUGUCAAGAGAGAACUCCGGCGCCUAAAUGCAUCGAAAGCUACUGGACCGGAUUGCAUUCCCGCGCGAGUUCUGAAGAUGUGUGCUGACCACCUAAGUAAGCCACUCUCCAAACUGUUCUCCCUUAGCUUCUACAGCAUGGUUAUGCCGACAUCCUGGAAGACAGCUAGAGUCACACCCAUUCACAAGAAGAAAUCCAAGAACCUGCCUCAACACUACAGACCUGUGUCUCUGCUGUCUAUCAUAUCCAAAGUGAUGGAAACAAUUGUCAAUCGUCAGAUAACCAGUUUCGUGGAGUCCCACAAUGUCAUCUCUGCGAAACAGUUCGGGUUCAGAAAGGGCCUGAGCACAGCCGACGUCUUAACCAAGCUCCACUGUGAAUGGUCCAGAGCAGCCGGACUAGGAGGAGCCGCCCGUGUUUUGGCGAUAGACAUAGCAGGCGCCUUUGAUAAAGUCAGCCAUGCUGGCCUAGUGCAUAAGGCUUCCGUGUACGGUCUAGACGGCCCGCUUCUUGGAUGGCUGGAAAGCUACCUGCACAACCGGCGCCUGCAGGCUGUUGUGGGCGGCCAAGAGUCCUCCCUGCACCAUAUCCAAGCAGGGGUACCACAAGGUAGCAUCCUUGGACCAACGUUAUUCCUCCUGUACAUAAAUGACUGCGAGGACACCUUGCCUGCUGGUGCUGAGCUUGCCACGUAUGCAGAUGACACGACACUGUAUCAGUGCAUCUCUGCCACCGCCAGCAUAUCCGACUCUGCAGCAGAACUCCGGGAAGCGUCAGUUUUACUGGCCGUCUUCAUGAUGUGCCAUGAGAUAAUGAUAUAA